CGCUAGUAGUCUAAAGCAGCCUCGUCUCUUUUCAUCUCUCAUCUUCAUUCAUUGUUUUUGAUCAUUGUAGUUUUACUAUACUACGAAUUUAUUAUUAAACUAUUAUUAUGAAGUCAACUUUUUGUCUAUAUUAAAUUAUAAAUAUCCAGUGAUAAUGAAUGACAUACUUUCAAUAUGAAACUGGUUAGAAAAAACGUUGACAAGGAUGGAGAAGGAAGUGUAUCUCUCAUUCCUGAGAAUACAGAAGAUGUAUGGCAUGCUUAUAAUUUAAUAUGUGAAGGAGAUCAUGUCAGUUGUUCAACAAUUAGGAAAGUACAAACUGAAUCUUCAACUGGAAGUUCCAAUAGCUAUAGAGUAAGAACUACACUUACAAUAUGUGUCGAAGGAAUUGAUUUCGAUACUCAAGCAUGUGUUUUAAGACUUAAAGGACGAAAUAUCGAGGAAAAUAAAUAUGUUAAAAUGGGAGCUUAUCACACAUUGGACGUAGAAAAAAAUCGAAAAUUCACUCUAGUUAAACCCAAAUGGGAUUGUGUUUCAUUGGAGCGAGUUGAUUUAGCCUGCGAUCCAACUCAAAAUGCCGAUGUCGCUGCUAUUGUAAUGCAAGAAGGAAUAGCGCAUAUUUGUUUAAUAACAUCUAAUAUGACAUUAGUUCGUGCAAAAAUAGAUCAAGUAAUUCCACGUAAAAGAAAAGGACAUGUUUCGCAACAUGAAAAGGGCUUAACAAAAUUCUACGAUAGUGUAAUGCAAGGAAUAUUAAGACACAUUAGCUUUGAUAUUGUCAAAUGUGUUAUUAUUGCAAGCCCUGGCUUUGUGAAAGAUCAAUUCAUGGAUUAUAUGGUUCAACAAGCAAUUAAGUCGGACAAUAAAUUGAUUUUAGAUAAUAAAAGUAAAUUCAUGCUUGUACAUUCGAGUUCUGGUUUUAAACAUUCAUUGAAAGAAGUUCUAGCUGAUCCAGCAGUUGUAACUCGUAUUUCGGACACUAAAGCAUCGAGUGAAGUAAGAGCAUUAGAACUUUUUUUCACAAUUUUGCAAACCGAUCCUGAACGAGCAUUUUAUGGUAAAAAACAUGUUGAAAGAGCAAAUGAAGCUCAGGCUGUUGAAACACUUCUUAUUUCCGAUAAAUUAUUUCGAGCUCAAGAUGUUGCAUUAAGGAAAGAAUACGUCAAUUUAAUUGAAGGAGUUAGGGAUUCUGGAGGUGAUGUUAAAAUGUUUUCCAGUAUGCACAUAUCCGGAGAACAAUUGGAUCAACUCACAGGAGUGGCGGCUAUUUUACGAUUUCCAAUGCCUGAAUUAGAAGAUGAUGAUGAUGAUGAUGAUGAUGAAAGUGAUGAAAGCAAUUCGGAGUAGACUGAUUCAAGACACUUCCUUCUGCAAAUAAUUCAGUUGUUUAUUUUUCUGCUGUGAGCAUUAAAAAUAUUUGUAAUAUAAUAAAAAAAAAAUCAAAACACA